AUGCUAAAUAGAGCAGCUGAGGAAGGGAGGUUUGGUUAUCAUCAUAAGUGUAGGGCAUCAAAAUUGACUCACUUGUGUUUCGCGGAUGAUCUGCUCAUCUUUGUUGAGGGUUCGCUUGAAUCAGUCCAGAAUGUGCUCCAGGUGCUCCACGAGUUCCAACUCCGAUCUGGUCUCGUAGUCAGUGUUCAGAAGUCGAGUUUCUUUGCCUCUGGAAUGACGGAACGUGAAUGUGACUUGAUACAAUUCUCUACAGGGAUGCCCCAGGGAGUGCUGCCUGUGCGUUACCUAGGCAUCCCUCUAUGCACCAAAAAGUUAUCCAUUGUUAAAUGCCAAGUUCUUAUCCAGCAGGUGAAGGAAAAGUUUACCUCUUGGAGUGCACGAUCCCUCUCUUUUGCAGGUCGUCUCCUCCUCAUUAAAACGGUGAUAGCUGGAAUCUCCACGUUUUGGUGCUCCUCUUUUAUUCUCCCGAAAGCCUGCAUCAAGAAAAUAAACUCUCUCUGUAGUAUCUUCCUAUGGAAAGGGACUAUUGAAGGACAUCAUACAACAAGAGUCUCCUGGGCAACAGUUACUCUACCUAAGGACGAAGGAGGCUUAGGCAAUAAUUUUAGUUAUUAUCAUUUUCUUAUGGCAAGACUCUUUCUUUGA